AUAGGCCAAGCAGUUUACAUUUACAUUUUCAGCAUUUAGCAGACGCUUUUAUCAAAAGCGACUUACAGUUGUGAUGGUACACUGUCUAAGCAAUUGAAGGUUACGGGCCUUGCUCAAGGGUCCAACAGCGACAACCUGGCAGUGGUGAAGCUUGAACCGGCAACCUUCUGAUUACUGAACCAGUACCUUAACCACUAGGUUACAGCUGCAGUUGAAUGCAAAUGUGAAAGCCGGUGACUACAGCCUACAGGACUGAUGAGUGUCAGCCAUGGGUUCUGCCUGUUGUGAGGAAAGUGGAAAAGAUGAUAGCUGAAGACAACAGUCUUAACCAUGAGUACUUGCCCAUUUUGGGCCUGCCUGAAUUUCGUUCCAGUGCAUCUAAAAUUGCUUUGGGUGAGGACAGCCCUGCUGUUUUGGAGAAGAGGGUAGGAGCUGUGCAGUGCCUGGGAGGAACUGGUGCCCUGAAGAUUGGCGCAGAGUUUCUUCGCAGAUUUCACAAUGGAGACAACAACACAAAAACACCUGUUUAUGUCUCCACACCGACAUGGGAGAAUCACAAUGCUGUUUUUGCUAAUGCUGGGUUUGAAGAUAUCCGUUCAUACAAAUAUUGGGAUGCAGCUAAAUGUGGACUGGACCUGUCUGGUUUCCUGGGUGACCUAGAGAGUGCACCGGAGUAUUCUAUCAUUGUGCUACAUGCCUGCGCACACAACCCAACAGGCACAGAUCCCACCCAGGAUGAGUGGAAGAAAAUCGCAGAAGUUAUGAAGAGGAGGAAUCUCUUUGCCUUCUUCGAUUCAGCCUAUCAAGGAUUCGCUUCAGGAAACUUGGAGAAGGACGCUUGGGCAAUUCGCUACUUUGUGUCUCAGGGUUUUGAGAUAUUUUGCGCACAGUCUUUCUCAAAGAACUUUGGCCUGUACAAUGAGAGGGUUGGCAACCUGACAGUUGUUGCUAAAGAUGCUGACAACCUGAACCGAGUUCUCUCUCAGAUGGAGAAGAUUGUCCGUAUCACCUGGUCUAACCCUCCAUCCCAAGGAGCUCGUCUGGUUGCCAUAACACUCAACAGCCCAGAUCUCUUUGCUGAAUGGAAGGGUAAUGUUAAGACAAUGGCUGACAGGGUGCUGCUGAUGCGAGCUGAGCUGAAAGCCAAACUAAAGGCUCUGGGCACCCCAGGCACCUGGGAGCACAUCACUGAACAGAUUGGCAUGUUCAGCUUCACAGGCCUCAACCCCAAACAAGUGGAGUACACGGUGAAGGAGAAGCAUGUCUACCUGAUGGCCAGUGGCCGCAUCAACAUGUGUGGUCUGACCACCAAGAACAUUGACUAUGUUGCAGAGUCCAUCCAUGAAGCUGUCACUAAGGUCCAAUAAUUGUUUCCCAUAUCAACUUCCCAUUUGUGUGCAAUGAGAGGCAUUAUUGGUGUGAUGUCCACAUGUACACCAUAUUCUAUUCUUAUUCAUCGGUGCUCAGCACUCCAGCUAAUUUUGCUGGCUUAAUAAUCACAUGUAUACAGCACAUUUAAUUAUCACUUAAGGUCAAAUAUUUGUUCCAGCAAAAAUAAAUACAGUUUUAAUGAAAUCCUUCCAGCUGUAGCCAUCCUGCAGUAAAAGUCUGUACUUCAGUCUCGCUUGUAGUGCUUCACUCUAAAGGUUAAGGUUUAUGAUGGCAUAAGGAAGCCUAUAGAACGGUGUUAUUAAGUGAGGACUUGCUCAGUAGAAAAGCUGUGAGUGAUUUAAUAUUGAUAACUUUAGUUUGACUAGUUUGGAAUAAAUAAGACAACAGUAUAGAGUACAUCCAUGCUAGAAACAUACUUAAUGUAAAACAUACUGUAAACGUAAACACAACCAGGUAGGCAAGAUCAGUUUCACAUGUUGUUGAGUUCUGCAUCGUGUCAGUACGAAAUUCGGAAUGCUUUGCAGCUAGUGCACUCAGUUUGAGUGUUUUUUUUUUUGUGAAUUUUAUUUAUGCAUUUUCUCCCCUUUUUCUCCCUUUUAGCGAGUCCAACUGCCUGAUUUUGUCAUGCUUCCUCUCCACCAAUGCCGAUCCCUACUCUGAUUGAGGAGAACUUAUUACCUCCACUUUGACGAGUGCAGUGCAGCUCAGCACUAUGUACAGAGAGACACACCCUGAGAGCACUCUUCACCCUUUUCUUAUCUCUGUGCAGGCGUCAUUAAUCAGCCAGCAGAGGUCGUAAUUGCAUUAGUUAUGAGAGAGACACCCUAUCCGGCUUAAUCCCACCCAUAUCUGAACAGCAGGCCAAUCUUUGUUCAUGUGGCCGCUCAGCCUAGCCGGCAGGCAGAGCUGAGAUUCGAUACUAUGUAUUCAAGAUCCCAGCUCUGGUUCCAGCAUGUGUUUUUACCGCUGCGCCACCUGAGUGUGUUUAUGUCCAGUCUGUUAUGGCAAAGCAGUGUAAUAAAUGUCACUGAUUUCCUUAAGCUGGUAUGACAGUACAAAUAUAUUUAUAGCAUUUUAAGCUCUAAAUUUACUUUUCCAAGAAUGCUGUCAAGAGAAACUGGAAAGCCUGGGACUAAUUUGUGACUCAAAUUGUGAUAAUUCUCCCAUGAGGAUUGUUGAUCCCAUGAGAAUGUUCAUAACCUCCACAGUGAUGCAAGAAUGCAUAUUAAGCUUGCACUAGGUUGGUCGUUUGUGUUUACAUACUUGCAUUGAGUUUAUUACUAGCAUAAAUUUACACUACAAUUUAUUUACUAUAUUGUGGUUAGAUCAAGUCAAAAGUUGAUGAUAUGCGAUCAAACGAAUACAGGCAUUAUAUCAUAACUCAAAUACUGAAUCUAUAUUGUCAUAACCAAAAAUGAAUGGAAUAAGCAAACUCCUUUUAUGACUUGAAUUACCAGAACAUUGUAAUGUAUAGUGUAGUUACAUUACAUUUAUUAUCUAUGUCCUACUCCUAAACUAAUAAUAAAGUUAAAACUAUCAUGACAAUAAACUGUGCCUAAUAUGCAAGUUUCUAUUAUUAUAUUUCUAGUAGUCUGCUUCAUCAUCCUGACUAUACUUGGUGGCUGAUUCAUCCAAACUUUACAAUUUCAGGCAAAUAAGAGAAUCUGUGGUGUUGACAAUGCAGGAAAUACAGAGUUUAGCAGUGUUUGCACUAUGUGUUCAUUGUCUUUUGUGAUUGUUGUUUUACCCCCAUCAAUGCUUUGAAUAUCUGUUAAGGAUCACACUACCAAGUCAAACAUAUACAUCCAAUAGCACAUGUAGGGAUUGCUCUUUAACCAUGUUUAACUAAAACGCCUGGUAAAUAAUCUAUUUACGUACUAUGUAAAAUCUGUAAUAAAAUGUGUUGCACAGGAUGUCUACUGCCCCUAGAAAUAAACAUAUUGUAAACGUA